AUGAGAAACAAUCAAAAACUCAAUUAUCCGUACAAUCGAAAGGGCACAUGCACUAUAAAAGUGACAUUGUCCAACAAGGAAAAUUCUACUUUGGAAUUAAAAGAGACCAUUCCGUUUAACACGUUUAUGCAGGAAGCAAACAUAUUUGAAAUGCAGCAGGGAAACGCAAUAAGCACAAGUAAGAAAUUCCAUUUGUGCGAUUCGCCUGACGAAGAUAUAUUAGAUUUGUGUCAACCAGUCAACUGUCAUAGAAAAUAUCAAGGGCCUCGUGGUCUGUUUGACACCACAGACCGUAGAUGCGUUCCAAUACCUGUUUGCGUCAACGCCAUUGAUAAUAAACGAAUAACAAAAUUGUACGACCUAUACGAAAACGACUGCAUCACGGUAAACGAUAGCGUGUCCAAUUCCGAAAUCGAAGGCAUCCUCCGAGCACAAGGACAGAGUGUGAACAAUUGCAAAGGUGUGAAAAUGGCCGAUAACUUGUCUGUGCAAAGUAAAUGGUCGUCCAACGUCUAUUGUCACCACGGCAAGAUCGAUGCGAAAACCGGAACGUGCGUAUGCGAGAACGGAUGGACCAGCUUCAGGGAUGAACAUGCGGAAUCGGCGAUAGGCAUUUCGACUAUGCCCGUCCACAUGUGCACGGUCAAGAUCAGAUAUAAAAGUCGGUGGACUUGUUGGGUGUACCUACUGGAUUUUUCCAACACCAGUUGGAAGGACUUUGUCUGGGCAAUGGGCUUAGCCGUUUUAUGGUAUUUGCUUACUUAUAUCUCUGUUCUUGCCUGUUAUUCCUGCUAUAGACUACUAUAUUGA